CUACCAUUUCUCCACACAUUCCGCUCUGUUCAAAUCUUCGUCGUACCCCCAGUUGCGGAUUACAUCAAUGCCAUUACUCAGCGGUACACCCCGCUCCUCUUCAGGUUGACCUUGUGGGAUUGAAGACCCGCGAGCAGGUCACGUUCAGCAAAUCUGCCCAGCUUCUCGGCUUGCCUCUUAUCAUCGCCUAAUUUACAAUGGCAACCCAAGGUACGCCGAAGCGGCGCCGAAUAGUCACUGCCUGUACGGAAUGUCAAAGGAGGAAGCAAAAGUGUGACCGCGAGAGCCCGUGCAAUAUAUGUGUUGCACGCAAAGUUCCCAAUAAAUGCCGUUACGGUGGCACGUUGAGCAGUCCAUACUAUGACUCGACGCUGGGUGUGGACAGUGAACAAAGGAGCAUCUCCCCUGAACCAAAUUGGCAACCUCGCAUGGCCUCCAAGGAGUCGGGGCAUCAAAGCAACCUGAAAUACUCCCACGCGGUAGAGAGUAAUGCAUUCGUUGGACUACACCACAUAUUACGCGAUAGAGAUGAGCUCAACUCGGAUUUCGGGACGCACAACAAUCUCCUUCUGCAUGGACCUCGCCCGGAUGAAAUUCGGCCGUUCCUUGAUAUUCUACCACAGAUCUCGGUCAUUAAGGAAAUCGUUGCGUUGUAUUACCUCAGAUUCAAUCCCCAGUAUUUCUUCAUAGAGAGGUAUUACUUUGACCAACUUCUGUCCUACUGGCUAGGGGAUAGUUCCAGCCCUCCGAAAUACUUGACCCAAGGGGCACUUAGCAAAGAACUGCGCUCUUUUCCAGCACUACUGUUUCAAGUGCUAGGCCUCGCCAUCCAGUUUUCUCCCCCAGAUACGCCAACACUCAAGGCAAUGACGAGGGAGCAGUUCGCUUCAUCACAAAGGUACAGCGACUAUGGGAUGCGCAUGCUCGAGAGGGCUCAGAUGCAGAGCUUUUCUCUUACCACAGUCCAGGCAUAUCUACUGAGAACUUCCUGGCUGAAGAACGCUGGUCGCGGGGUGGAAUCAUGGCAUUGCCUCGGCAUCGCAAUUCGAUGUGCACAAGAGCUAGGAUUGCACGAGGCCAAGGACAUGCACCAGGACGCCACAGACAGGGUCAGCGAGACCCUCUGCUCGUUUUGGUACGACGAGUACAAGAGGCGUGUUUGGGCCAACCUCUUCAUCUUUGACGGGCUGAUGGCUCUCAUCUUCCGACGCCCGAGGACAAUAAACACGGACGACUGCGACGCUCCCAAGCCACUAGACUGCAACAUGCCCACAGACCCGACGAGGGGCGUGCCGUUCAUCGUCCAGCCCGACACAAGUUCCAGUACUCCCACCACGACCUCGGCGACAUUGUUCCGCUACAAGCUUACUUGCGUCGUUCACGAAAUGCGGGCACAGAAAACAUCUACGCCCUACCCACGGGACUAUUCCAUUAUCUCCAGAUUAAACGAACGCCUUGUUGCCAUCAUAGACGCAGCGCCGCCAUUCCUUCGCCAUCGCAAUCCAGACACGUCGUGGGAUGUGAAAUGUCCGUAUCUGCCCUUACAGCGGGAGGAACUUCUCAGCACCGCCAACCAGAUCCUAACGUUCCUCCACCGCCCACACAUUGUAGCCUGCACUGAGAGCCGGCAAGCCGCCUUGCAGGCAGCCAUCGCGACCCUUGAGUCGCAACACCGGAUCUUCAACCAGGCGCCGAAACACCUGCACAAGCUGUUUGGAUUCUCAUUCUGUACAAUCGACGCUGCCAUCCUGCUCUCUGUCAUGAAAAGCAUAGACCUGCCAAGCCGUGAGGGGGCGGGGCAACGCGUGGACCACCUACUGCAGCAAUCUAUGGACCGGCUGGCGAUCAUGCAGGAGGGGAGCGCCGUUGCCAAAUCUGGGCUUCAAAUAUUGAUGCAGAUCCACCAGAAACUAGAAGAAGUCCAUGGUGCAGUUGUCGAGAUCAGCGGUUUGGAUGUCGUGGCCACGACAGACCCGGAGCCCGUACCCGCGCAGCAGCCCGUUGACUACGGGAGCAGCUCUAGCGACGCGUUCCAAACUCUCGCGCCAGUUGUAAGCGCGGAGGUAGGGUCGGAGUUCUCUGUCCUAGGGUCCCCUGGCACGAUCACCCCUGUCUUGAACUACUUUGAUAACUGGUUCUGGCUGGAUUAUAUGAGCCAGAUCCCGCCCGGGUUGUUAAAUUCACUCGGCGAAGAUUUCAUUUUAAAAGACUUAACGUUUAAUUAAUUAAUUAAUUUAAAUGAUUUUCGUUAUUUAUAAUUAUUAACAUUAAAGGAUGUUAUUAUUUUAUUAUUUUAUUAUUUAAAUUUAAAUGAAAAUUUAAUAAAAAUAAUAAUGUUAAAAUAUAAUUAUCCGUAGUCGAUAUUAAACUAGG